CGCCCGCCGCCGCAGCCAGUCGCAGCCGACGAGCCGAGCGGACGCCCGCGCUCACCCCACGCUCGCCACCGCUCGGAGGGCAGCGUCACAUCAUCAGAAUGUGACUAAACGAGUGUACGCCACCGAUGGUCGCUUCCUUCGCCUUCCCUGCGACGUUGACGUCGACAAACUUUUAUCACUUUCUAACGUAUUCAAUUUUCCGCGUGUGUCUCGCUUCGUACUCGCGACAACAAAACGUGUGUGUGUAUAAAUAAAUAUUAAUUGUAUAGUGCGUUAAGCGGUACCCGACAUGACUAUAUCUUAUGCCGGCGAGGUCCCCAACGGUAGCAGCUUCGGAUGCUUCUGGAGGAUCCUUCUCAAAUGGCGCGGCAGCGUGUACAAGCUGGUGUGGCGCGAGCUGCUGGCCUACCUCACGCUGUACUACACCAUCAACCUCAUCUACCGCUUUGGCCUCUCGGAGGAGCAUCAAAGGAUAUUCGAGAAGGUGCGGCAAUACUUCGGUGCGCAGAGCGAGUCCAUCCCGAUGUCGUUCGUGCUGGGGUUCUACGUGAGCCUGGUGGUGAAGCGCUGGUGGGAGCAGUACAAGCUGCUGCCGUGGCCCGACACGCUGGCGCUGUUCAUCUCGGCCGGCAUCCCCGGAGCGGACGAGACGGGGCGCCUGAUGCGGCGCAACAUCGUGCGCUACAUGAUCCUGGCCUACGUCAUCACGCUGCAGCGCGUGUCGCUGCGCGUCAAGCGCCGCUUCCCCACGUGGCAGCACGUCGUCGACUCCGGUCUGAUGCUGGAAAGCGAGCGCAAAGUGUUCGAGAAAAUGGACGGCAAGAGCCCGAUGUCGAAGUACUGGAUGCCGCUGGUGUGGGCCACAAACAUCAUCAACCGCGCGCGCAAGGAGGGGCUCAUCUCCAGCGACCACAUCGUGCAGACGCUGCUCGUGGAGCUCUCCGACAUCCGGCGCCGCCUGGGCGCGCUCAUCGGCUACGACACCGUCUGCGUGCCGCUGGUCUACACGCAGGUGGUGACGCUGGCGCUGUACACGUACUUCGUGGCGGCGCUGAUGGGCCGGCAGCUGGUGCCCGCGGCGCCGGGCAGCACCUCCAAGUACGAGCCCGACGUCUACUUCCCGCUCUUCACGGCCCUCCAGUUCUGCUUCUACGUGGGGUGGCUGAAGGUGGCCGAGGUGCUCAUCAACCCCUUCGGCGAGGACGACGACGACAUCGAGCUCAACUGGCUCAUCGACCGACACAUUAAGGCGGCAUACAUGAUCGUGGACGAGAUGCACGAGGAGCACCCCGAGCUGCUGAAGGACCAGUACUGGGAGGAGGUGGUGCCCAAGGAGCUGCCCUACACCGUGGCCUCCGAGCACUACCGCCGCCACGAGCCGCCCUGCUCCGCCGACCACUACAAGGUCAAGGCCGAGGACGCGCUCUACGCCAACGUGCACCCGCCGCGCAAGAGCCACGACGACACCUACGCCGACUACGUCAGUACCCGCCCCUACUCUCACACGNCACCCGCCGCGCAAGAGCCACGACGACACCUACGCCGACUACGUCAUUACCCGCCCCUACUCUCACACACACGCCACCCAACACACACGCGCCACCCAACGCUCGCCGCACUCGCACGACACCACCCGUGCUGCGCGCUGUGA